UCAGCACUGCUGACAUUAUUCGUGAUCAGCGCGUGUGUUGUCGCCGCCCUUAUCAUGCGAUACAUCGACAACCCUACAUUCUUAGUUCAAUUGAGUUCAGUAGUAAGUGGGAAGGCUUUCCCGUCGGUGACGGUUUGUCCUGAAAUAACUUUUCCUGAACAUAAAGUCGAUGCUUUCUUAGAUGAAAUCGCAUACCCGCCAGGCUUCGAGCGCCCCUACCUGCGCAAGAUCACGUGGCAACUGGCAGCGUUCUAUUCUCUAGACGUGGACUACUCCACGGAAGAGCUGAUGAGGAUGGAGUACGUGCUGCGGUACAAUGACCUGGACGUGGAGAGCACGGUGAUGAGGCUCAUGACGAGCUGUGAGGAGAUGCUGGUCAGAUGCCGCUGGAGGAACCAGAUGGUGAACUGCUCUGAGAUAUUCCACAUGCAGGUCACCGGGGAUGGCAUCUGCUGCAUAUUCAACUCCAAGUCUCUUCGACAUGAGCUGGACCCACUCCACGCCACACAUAUCAAGCCCCAGGUCAAGUGGUACACGACCCUGGUGGGACCAGCCCACGGCCUGACACUGCUCAUCAACCAGACUCAGAAACACGGCAGCAUCGAUAUCACUUAUAAAUGGGUGACGAUCCACCACAGCCUGGACUACGUGGACUCCAGCCGGAACGGCAGCGCGCUGUCGCCGGGAUACGAACACUGGUUCAGCUACGCCACUUACGGUUUCGCAAUGUCGGAUAAAAUAAUGGAGCUCAGCCCGAAUCUGAGGAAAUGCAGAAUAUACUCCGAGGAACCCCUCGAAUGGUUCCCGGCAGGGGGCAAAUUACUCUGCACCCUGGAAUGUGAGAUGCGGUUCACAGCGCGCCAGUGCGGCUGUCUGAGACCCAACCACCCCCUGCCGCCCGGCCUGCGCGCCUGCCGCGCCUACAAGCUGGCCUGUGCGAGACAUGCUGGAGUAUCAGUAAGCUCUACUGAGUUUUGCGACUGCCCGUCCACCUGCCAGGCCGACAGAGCCAUCAUCAGGAAACAAUCCUUCCCUCUGGCCCUGAAUAACGCCACUUUUGAUCCUAUUUACCGCGACAUAAAAGACGUGCACCAAGUGAGCGUGGUGCGCGCCUACGUGGGCACCUACAAGAUGCGCAGCUACCGACGCGAACUGUACUUCACUUACACGGACCUUUUCGCUCAAAUUGGGGGGAUCUUCAACGUGUACUUUGGUUGCAGCGUGCUCACCCUUUUGGAAAUCAUUAUUAUUUGUUAUCGCACUAUUUUCUGCAAACAGCUCACAAAUAAAGUUCAAGACAAAUCAAAUAAUAUUGUUGCAACUAAGCGUCCACCAGAAUAUAAAACAUAA